AUGGAUACUCCUUCAAGAGUUGCAAUUAUGCUAGUUGGGUCCCUUUUGAUGUUCCAUGUUGUUCAAGGUGCUCCGGACACCAGCAUAGUUUAUGGUGGUUGCAAUAUCGGUACCUAUUCGAGCGGCGACCCUUACGCUAGCAGCGUGGCUUAUGUCCUCGCGGACAUGGAGACCGUGACCCCGAAUCACGCGAACUAUGACUACUUCACCACGUCUCCUUAUCCCACAGUGGUUGCCUAUGGUCACGCCACCUGUAACUCGGCGCUUUCUUAUAGCGAUUGCGGCAUAUGCGUCAGCGCUGCUAAGGCCCGGAUACUGGCGGACUGUCCGAAAAGUGUUGGCGUCCACAUGGUGUUUGAAGAUUGUAGUAUGAGGUAUGAAAGCUAUUCAUUCACCGAUUAA